AUGGCAUCGGAUGUGAUUGAGAGUGAAGCGGUGCUGAAGGGUGUAAGUGAUAUGAAUUUGAACAAUAGCAGCCCAGAUUUUGUCACACCCAGGAGGACUCAUGAAGAGCUGGGUCACAGACAGACGUCUAGUCCCUCAUCUUCUGGAGUGUCGGGAGAAGGUGACGAGGAGGACUUAGACGAAUUAGAAAAUAGCACAGCUUCAACAGUCGAAAAUUGCGAAGAGGCACUUCAGGAGAGUCCAACCAAAACAAGAGGUACGCCACAGGAAAGGAAAACUCCAGACAAUGAACAGAAACAGCCGGGAGCAAGAAGCUCGACCCCAGUGAGCCUUCCCCAGCCACGCUCGCCACCUGGACCCAUUGGAAGCCUGGAGCGCCAAGAGUCAGUCGCCACAACAGAAGCUCGCCUGAGAAUGGAAGGAGUUGAACUUAAGGAAGAGUGGCAGGAUGAGGACUUUCCACGGCCCCUACCGGAGGAAGAGGAGCUUGAAGAUGACCUUUUUGGAACCUCGGAAGAGAUGGACCCUGGCUAUGCAAUGGACCAUGGCAAGAAGGCAAAGAAGAAGCUUGCAGCUCCAGACAUCAGUCUUACACUAGACCGCAGUGAAGGUUCUCUUCUCUCUGAUGAGCUGGAUGAAAGUACAGAGCUGGACCUCGAUGACAUAGACACUCCUUCAGACAACAGUAAUGAGUUUGAAUGGGAAGACGAUCUCCCCAAGCCGAAAACCACAGAACUCCUGCAGAAGGGCGUGGAGUCGGUCCAGGAGUACUCCUCCUCGGAGGAGAGGGAGGAGGGUCGACGCUGGAGGGUGUUUCGUUUCGGAGACCAGGAACACAGAGUGGACAUGAAGGCCAUCGAGCCGUACAAGAAGGUUAUCAGCCACGGAGGUUACUAUGGAGAUGGUUUGAAUGCCAUAAUUGUGUUCGCUGUGUGCUUUAUGCCGGAGAGCAAUCAACCAAAUUACAGAUACAUCAUGGACAAUUUAUUCAAGUACGUUAUCGGCACGCUGGAGCUUUUGGUUGCUGAGAACUAUAUGAUUGUGUAUUUGAAUGGGGCGACCUCUCGGAAAAAGAUGCCAACUGUCGGUUGGCUCAGAAAGUGUUAUCAGCAGAUUGAUAGGAGGUUAAGGAAGAACUUGAAGUCUUUGAUAAUUGUCCAUCCCUCUUGGUUUAUUCGCACCCUGCUGGCAAUCACAAAACCUUUUAUAAGCUCCAAAUUUAGUCAGAAAAUCAAGUAUGUGUUCAGCUUGACAGACCUUGCAGAACUGGUCCCAAUGGAGUAUGUGUCCAUACCAGAUUGUAUCAAACAGUUUGACGACGAAAAAAAUAGGAAAAGCCGUAAAAGGUAUAUGCACUUUCACCUAGGGUCAGCCUCAGCAAUUCUUUUGCAUUUCACAAAACUAAUAACGAAAUGAUCUCUUGGCUUUCAGAAAUGCACCAAUACACCUCAUUCUGUCCCGCGUGUUUGUAGUUGGAUGAUUUGCAGUUACCUUCUGGCCAAAAUCAACAACUCUUUCACCCCCCCCCCCAGUAGAUUUAGGACAUUCCCUUAAAAGCAGGCUGAGAAGCUGUUUGAUUGAUUUCCAAAAAUAGGUGGCUUGGUGAUUGUUUAACCAACUAAAACCCAUUUCUGAGCCAAUUCUGUGAAGUUCAUUUCAAAGUUGAUUCUUGUUAGAUUUGUUUUCUAUUGCCUCAAAAUAAUAUCAGCUAUCUGUAUGUGGUUUAAAACAUACCAUGUACCUUUGUAGCCCAUUUUAUACCCAAAGUACUGUCUCCACUGUGAUGCUGAAUUAAUGAUUUAUGUCAAGAACAAGUUAGAAUAGUUUUGAGGUAAAUGAUUGUGUUGCUGCUUUCUGAUAUUAAAGUUGGGGCAUCAGGUAGCUCUUACUUGCAUGUCUUUUUAAAAACAGGUUUAGAAUUUGAUAUGGUUGACGUUGGGUAAGUUUGUUCAUGUUUGUAUAACUCAAUGGUGUGGAACUACAAGGAAUUAGCUUUUCUUAGUCACUGUGGUUUUGUGGUUGCACUGUAACCAUGUCCUCACAUGGUCCCCUCAGUAACUCGUCCUCACUGAACGCUCGGCUUGUCCACUCUCACAGCUCUGCAUGACUCACUGCAUACCCGCUCACUGCUGAUGUUUAGGAAUUGCCACAAACCUUGGUCAGCCUUUGUCAUGCACACAGACAUGUUCUGCUCCAUACUAAUAAGUAGUAGGUGUGAGGUUAUUAAUUUGCAGAUAUAUCAUGGCAUAUUGGAACAUUAGAAAAGUCAUAAUUGUGGGGUUGCAGAAGAGACUCUUUUAGUUCCUCUUCUGUCAUUAGGGGCAUUAGUUCUUAAGUUGAUUGGCAAACUUGCAAGACAGAUGCAGUGAAACAUCACACAUUGCCAUGAGUUCUUUCUGACAGUGUCAACAAAAAUUGCACAUUUUAUGCACAGAGGUUGCACUCAUCACAUGGCUAUGGGUUGUAACAUAUUGUUCACAGGUUUGCAGAGUGCAUAACCUGUAUACAUAUGCAUUUUCUUAUUGCACGACAUCUACGACUAUUUGCAGUGUGUGCUGCAGAUAAUAAAAGCCGUCUGCGUUCUAACAUAGAUUUUGGUCUUAUGCAGUACAUAUUAUAAGUUCACAUUAGUGCAAUUGUCUUGCAAGGUGUCAAGGGAAGUAAGAACCUUAUAAUAAUACAACUGAUAAUAGUGGUUUGUAUUGCCCAGGUAGUUAAAGUGCUGUCAGUAGAAAGAGCAUAGGUAAUAUUAGGCAUUCAGUUGUAUGCUGAAAACAAGUCUGGUAAGU